CAUAAUAUAACGUACACAAUAUACAAUUAUGUAGUGCACCACACAUAAUUACGCAUAUAAUUAUGUUAUGUUAUGUUAUAUAAUAUAAGCGGCAGUACACGCAACCGUUUGCACAGAUGACAGCUAUCCUAACCUUCAAAACAUCAAUUUCGACAAAUCCAUAUUUUUUUGCAAUGUAUUGAGUGAUGCUUUCAAUUAUCAUACGCUUUUGACACACAUCAAAAUACGCAAAGUUUUAUUGGAUUUUCACAAGAUUUCACAAGACAGGGAGGCAUAUAUUUGAGGUGUCUUACAAUGAUUGUCGCACGACCGUCGUCUUUACGUCGUCACAAAGCUAAGAGUCAAAUAUCAAGCGAGUGAUUCGUAUCAUCGUUACUUAAUCGUUAUCACAUGCUACGUCGUAUUAUCAAUCUCAUAUUUCUGUCGACCUUGUCGACAAUCUGUCGACUGAUAGUGCCUUCAAGUGACCGACUUGUAGAAUAACGUCGAUUAGUGUGUCUGUCGAUGAGCGAGAAUUAUGUGCAACAAGGUAUUACCGUAUUUCGCAGCCGGAACCAUCGUCAAAGGCUUUGGCAGAGGUUCAAAGGCCUUAGGUAUUCCGACAGCUAACUUCUCGGAAUCCGUGGUCAAUACCUUGCCAGACGACUUAAACACUGGAAUUUAUUAUGGCUGGGCCUCGUUGCAGAAACAAAUUUAUAAGAUGGUCGCAAGUAUCGGAUGGAAUCCAUAUUAUAAGAAUGAGAAGAAAUCAGUGGAAGUCCAUUUACUACACAAAUUUCAAGAUGACUUGUACGGUGAAGAACUUAAAGUAAUUAUAGCUGGUUACAUACGACCAGAAAAGGACUUCUCGUCUGAAGAGGAACUCAUCAAAGAGAUAAAGAACGAUAUCGCGAUCGCGGAAAAGAGAUUAGAUGAGCCUGUUACGAACAAGUUAAAAGACCACGACUUCUUAAUCAAAUAAGUGAAAUGAGAAGAAACUGCAGAUUUAUUUGAUGAACAAAUAUUUCGUUAUUUCUAUUUUGACGGUGAGAAAAAACUGUAAAAUUAUAAACAUUCUCAAGUAUUGGUUUUCUAAUGAAUUGGUUGCGACCUCAGCUUUAAAAUAUCUCACAAAAAAGAAAGGAAAAAAACAUACACACAUAUAUAUAUAUAUAUGUAUUUAUAUAUACAAUUGUAUAUACACCGUCCAUAACACGUCUAUCAAACUGA